UUCCACAUUUUAGUUUCUCUUCGCACAGACGGAAUUAUUACUUCACUUACUUUUUCUCACUCAAUCGCGUCUGCGUAUUUUUUGGGUUAUCUGCGUCAAUGUGGCGAUAAAAUGGUUGAUUAACGCCUGUUUUUUUUGGGGGGGGGGUUGUUGUUUGCGCCUGUUUGUGAAUCUAUCCGUGACCAGUCGCGCCCUGGACGUCCGGUUCCUAAGUCGUUGUUGGUCAGUACGUGAAACAAGGCUGCGAUGCUCUCAAAGAGCGAGAAGGCGCUGAUUGCGGAAAUAUGGGAAAGGCUGGCUCCUGUGGCCGAAGACAUUGGCUCAGACGCACUUCUUCGGAUGUUUGCCUCCUACCCAGGCACCAAGACGUACUUCGCCCACCUGGACAUCAGUGCCCGCUCCGCUCACCUGCUCUCCCACGGGAAGAAGAUUGUCCUGGCCAUAGCAGAGGGAGCCAAAGACAUCAGCCAGCUGACCGUCACCCUGGCUCCUCUGCAAACAAUGCACGCCUACCAGCUCCGGAUAGACCCGACGAACUUCAAGCUUUUCUCCCACUGUAUGCUCGUCACCCUGGCCUGCCACAUGGGCAGGGACUUCACGCCGGUUGCACACUCCGCGAUGGACAAGUUCCUGUCGGCCUUCGCGGCCGUGCUCGCCGAGAAGUACAGAUGAGAUUCUGCCAAGUGUUUCGGGGAAAACACCACGAGCCACUUAUGAUGUGACACGAUGGGAAAUAUUGAUGUAUGUGUACUUGAUUUUUGCAGGAAUCCUCAAAGAAAACCCCGACAAUGAUUUUUUUUUUCAUAAUAAACAUGUGCAAUUGA